AUUUUUAACACAUGCUUUUCAAUCCAAUACAUAUCACGUGUUAAAACUCUUAACAUUUGACCAUGUGUCUUGAUUAUUAUAGACUAGGGCAAAAUACUAGUCUUGAUAGUUGACACGCGCAUAUUGGCGGCAUAUAUAAGUGCAUGAUUCUAACUGAAAUUUAUACUUCGAUCUCUCAUGCCAGUUCAACAAGGAGUUGUAAGAGGCAUCCAUGGAUCCCUUCUCUUUUCAAGAUGAAAUUAUGCAACUAGAAGAUAUAUAUUUCCCAAUUUUUUCACCGGACCCUUUUGCUUUCAUCCCGAUUGCCACAGAAACCGAGAUUCAAUCUCCGGCCAGUGUCUUGCUGUCCAAAAAAGAGAGAGCAGACUAUAUCGCAUCAUGUUUUGUUGAGUACUCGAGGGCAAAAGAUGAGCAUGUAAGAAGAAAUUUAGAAUUAAAAUCUAAUGAAUGGAGGAAUAUUCAUGGAAGAGUGAUUGAGUAUUUGAGAAAAAUUCCACAACCAAACAAUCCGAAGAUGAAGAUGAGUGUAAAGGGAAAUUGUAGUCGGUUGUUUCGGCAUAUGAUGAAGGAAAGACUACGAAGAGAAAAUAUUAGUCAGUGUUAUGCUGAUUUGCACUCAAUCAUCCUUCCAAGACCCAAGGCCGACAAAAACUCUAUAGUACAAUCAGCGGCGGUUUACCUCAAAGAAUUGCUAAUGAUUAAAGAAGAACUUCAUAGACAAAAUAAAAUGUUAAGAAAAAAGAUUAUAGACACCGGAAAUAUUUUACAAUCAAAAGGAUUGGAUUCAAGAACUGAGCUUGAGAUGAAGGAUGACAAUAUGAGCAUAGAAGAAACAAAGAUUGAAGUACAACUAAUGAAUCCGGUAUCUACCAUGGAUUCAAUGAUCGAAGCUUUGCAAUGCAUGAAAGGAAUGGGAGUAAAAGCAAUGAGCAUUCAUUCGAAAGUCUUUGGAGAUGAAUUAGCCACUGUGAUGACCAUAAAUACGAAGGUGGAAAAGAGUGAGGUGCGGAGAGCUGUGGAAGGAAAUCCGGUGGAAAUGGAGAGGAAGCUAAGGUUGCAAUUACAAAGUAAGGGGAGUGUGGGCCCCAACAAUAAAGCAACAACAACAACCCCAAGUCCGCACACGUGUACAAUUACAUUGAGAGCAAUGAAGAAAGUCCAAAGCAGCAACCAAAAUAAUUAUUGAAAC